AUGACACCCAACAGCACCAGGGAGGUGGCCAGCCCCCUUCCCACAGGGACCCUGGGGCUCUCCCUGGCCCUGGCAAGCCUCAUUGUUGCUGCCAACCUGCUCCUGGCCGUGGGCAUAGCCUGGGACCGCCGCCUCCGCAGCCCACCCGCCGGCUGCUUCUUCCUGAGCCUGCUGCUGGCCGGGCUGCUCACAGGGCUGGCACUGCCCACACUGCCAGGACUGUGGAACCAGAGCCGCCGUGGGUACUGGCCCUGCAUCCUCCUCUACCUGGCCCCCAACUUCUCCUUCCUGUCCCUGCUCGCCAACCUCCUGCUGGUGCACGGGGAGCGCUACAUGGCAGUGCUGCGGCCCCUCCGGCCCCGCGGCAGCACCCGGCUGGCCCUGCUCCUCACCUGGGCUGGCCCACUGCUCUUUGCCAGCCUGCCAGCUCUGGGUUGGAACCACUGGGCCCCUGGGGCUAACUGCAGCUCCCAAGCUAUCUUCCCAGCGCCCUACCUCUACCUUGAAGUCUACGGGAUCCUGCUGCCUUCGGUGGGUGCUGCCGCCCUGCUCUCCGCCCGUGUCUUGGCCACUGCCCAUCGCCAACUGCAGGACAUCCGCCGGCUGGAGCGGGCUGUGUGCCGUUGUGCACCCUCGGCCCUGGCCCGGGCCCUCACCUGGAGGCAGGCAAGGGCGCAGGUGGGAGCCACGCUCAUCUUUGGGUUGUGCUGGGGGCCCUACGUGGCCACACUGCUGCUCUCGGUCCUAGCCUAUGAGCAGCGCCCCCCGGUGGGGCCCGGAACUCUGUUGUCCCUCAUCUCACUGGGCAGUGCCAGUGCGGCAGCCGUGCCUGUGGCCAUGGGUCUAGCUGAUCAGCGUUACACAGCUCCCUGGAGAGCAGCUGUCCAAAGGUGGCUGCAGGGGCUUCGGGGAAGAGCCUCCGGGGGCAGUCCCCACCCCAGCACUGCCUACCACACCAGCAGCCAAAGCAGUGUUGACCUUGACUUGAACUAG